UGCAGCAGGGAGCGCUUCCGGGGCGGGGGUCAGGCGGGCGGUGUGGGGGCCAUGGCGCGGCGGCUGAAGGGGGCUGCGGGCAGACGCGGGGUGCCCCUCGCGGUCCUGGGGCCGGCCUCCUCGGAGGAUGAGGCGGACGAGGCCCCGGAGGAGGUGUCCUUUGGCGUGGCGAAGGAAGCGGCCGAGACCGAACGGAAGCUCGUGGGGGAGGCGGCCCGGAGGCACCGGGAGCUGCUGAAGGAGAAGCGGCGGCGGCGCCAGGAGUUGUUUGCGGAGCAGAAGAAGCGAAAGCUGCUCCCCGAGGCCGUGCUGCAGGAGCUGGCCGCUGCGCCGCCCGCACGACCCGAGAAGAAGGCUGCGGCAGCUAACCCAGGUAAACACCGUGGAGGUGGGGCUGUGAAGCAGAAACAAGGGCAAGUCCAAAGGCAAGGCCAAGUCAAAAAGCUGGUGAAGAAAGACAAAAAAAGAAAGGGCACCAGGUCAACAGGAAACUAUACAGCUGUGUGCUUAAAAGACCAGAAUUUAACAGGCCUCCAGCAACAGCUGGCCAAAGACUUCAUAAACGCUCAGCUCUACGGACCACAUGCCAACCGGGUGCAGCCAAACUAUUUUUUUUCCCUUGAAAACAAGAAAAACCCAGUUAAAAAAGCUGCAGUUCAGUUUGUGGACAAAGCAUGGGGGCAAGAAAAAAAGCAAAAAGCAGCAAAGUUUAGAAGACGUUGGCUCUCAACACAGCUUAAAAUGUGAGUAUGAAGACAGCUUUUUCAGAAGAUGCUACCAAGGACUUUUAUUGGAAGUUAGCCUCUCAACCCAACAAAGGUGUUUUUCUCCCUCGCUGCUGCAUCAUGACUUCACUCUGGAGCUCCAGCCAGGAGCCCCCAGGAAGCACCCACCUUCACAAUACAGUGCCUGAACUGACCUCCCUGUUCUCUUCACUCCCCCUGUCUGAAGGGGAAGCUAAGGAACAGCUGGGCAUGUGCAGUUACUCUGCUUCAGAUUGACUUACAACAGCAGGAGCUUCUACCAGCCCUGGAGAGCUGCCUCCCUGAUCCAGUUCCUUUGUAGAGAAUAAAAAGAUGAACAGUGUUGUACUUAA